AUGCAGGCGCAAGAAUCGAGAUGGCAGUACUUUCUCUUCAGCUUUUUGUUGCUGCUAGGCAUACGCUAUGCCAGUAGUACGCCCACCGAGGAGCACGCCUUCCUUGGAACUGCUCGAAGCGUUUGCCAGUCUGUCGAUCAACCAAACCCAAUCGCAGCAUUGUACCCGAACAAUGCGACAGGAACACUGAACGGCACAAUUUCAGUACUACCAAUUCCAUUGGAACUUGCCCGCCAACUCAUCCCGUCGAAUACCAAAAUUCUGGAACACGCCUACCGACAUCUCCUGCCUUGGUUCCCGGAGGGCAUGUAUCCGGCCAUACUUCAGGCAGUGCACGACCACGACGUACAAGCUUCGGGAUUCCACGUACCCGAUUUUUCGCGCGCGGGCAUUGAGUUUCCCUUUCUCGACCUCCUCGGCGACGGAAGCACGUCGUUCAGAUGGGUGCCAUCCAUGCUCAUGUCAGCUGACAAUGCCAUCGCUCUGAAAGGUGCAGCUGACUACGGCACCAACACGUUCCCCGCAUCCUUUGAUCCCUCCUGCGACGCCUACCGCGCGGUCCCCGACGCCAAAGACCCUGGAACGACUUUCUUCGGCGCCCAAAGCGUAAAUUCCAGCGCUGCGUCCAUUACGUCGGAAUUUUCCCUCACGGAUGAGGAAUCGCUUCUUCCGAUUAGCUUCUUCGUAAAUGUCACCAACCAGGUCAUCUUCGCUGAUGGCAAAUCUUGCGAUAACAUGAUCCGCCUCUUCAACACCAGCGUCACCACUGCCCCCAACAAGAUCGAGCGCGUCAAAGGAAGCGUUCGCGCCAAGAUCUCGCCGUUUAAGGAGGAUCAGUACUGGCAGGAUGUUUGCGGUAUCCGGCUAGACACCGCCUUUAUCGAGAACAACUACCUGCCCUGCGAAAACUUCCGCGGCUACGGAACUGGGUAG